AUGUCUAAUACAGAAAAUCUCGCGGUACUUAAAAGACAACGCGCUAUGAUCAAGGGAUCCUGCACGCGAAUAAAACAUUACGUCGAGACAAUUACUGCUAUCAAUACCUCGACAACGGCUCAACUUGAGGAGCGCAAAUUAAAACUAGAACAUUAUUGGGCCGAAUACCACACUGUACAGACGCAAAUAGAAAUUUUAGAAGAAGCCGAAGGUAACGAUCGGGCUGCGUUCGAGGAUGCAUUUUAUGCCGUAUCCGCUAAAAUCAGGGAGUUAUUAAGCCCUCCCACGCACUCGCGCACUGCCGCUGUUUCGCCGGCAACGCUUUCGGAAAUCUCGGACGCAACUUCCCGCGUGCGCUUACCUAAAUUGAAUUUACCGACAUUUUCGGGGAAAUAUGACGAGUGGUUCCCGUUCUUCGAUACAUUCACGUCGGUCAUACAUACAAACGCGUCUCUCAGUUGCAUACAAAAGUUUCAAUAUUUAAAGGCCUCUCUCACAGGCGAUGCGAGCAGCGUAAUUAAUUCUUUAGAGAUUUCGGACGCGAAUUACAAUGCAGCGUGGAAUCUUCUCAAAGAGCGGUACGAUAACAAACGGGUAAUCGUGCAAAAUCAUAUCAAGGCCAUUAUAGAAUUACCUUCCAUGACAAGGGAAAAUUAUACCGAGUUAAGGCAAAUCGCGGAUGGCGCGACAAAGCACAUACACGCGUUGCAAGCUCUAAAGCGACCCACCGCGUAUUGGGACGAUAUUUUAAUACACGUGCUAUGCUCGAAAUUCGAUCCCCUCACACUACGCGAGUGGCAAUCUUCGCUUACGGGUAACGAAUUACCAACAUCCAAACAAUUCUUCGAUUUUAUCACACGACAGUGUCAGAUGCUCGAAGUCACAAACAAAUCUAGCAACGUCGCGAACGUCAAGGACGGCACUGCCAAGGCACACGCCAAGCGUCAAACAGCAUGCGCAGCUACCGUCAAGUUAAAAUGCAACUACUGUCGAGGGGAGCAUUCCAUUUAUUACUGUAAGAAUUUUCUGGUACUUCAGGUUCCUCAAAGGAUCGCGGAAAUUCGUUCUCGCAAAAUUUGCCUCAAUUGUCUGCGUUCCAACACGCACAUCGCUAGCAAAUGCACUUCAGGAGGUUGCAAGGUCUGCCAAGCCAAGCAUAACACGCUUCUUCAUAUGACGACCGCCUCGCAGCAAGCGCCUAAUUCCUCUAGCUCUUCAGGAAAGGGCAGCGACAACUCCAACUCCGCAGAAUCCUCUGCCGUAGUAGCGACACACGUCGCAGGGGGAAGUGUUAACGUCAUAUUGUCAAUGGCCAUGGUGCACGCGCGCGAUUAUCAGGGCGUGCUUCGACCUUGUCGCAUUCUGUUGGAUUGUGGUUCUCAGGCGAAUUUCAUAUCAAGGAAAUUCAUGACGAGGCUUGGCCUCACUCCCAAAUCACUAAGCGUAGCCAUAUCCGGCGUGAACGGAACGGUUACGACGGCCACGCAAGCAGUAAAAAUCGAAUUGCAAUCGCGAAUAGAUUCAUACAGUGCUACAAUCGAUUGUAUUGUCUCAGAUCAAGUUACAGAAAAACUCCCUGGCAUACCGUUAAGGCGAAGGGAUUUCGAACUGCCACGAAAUAUAAAGCUAGCUGAUCCACAAUUUCACGUAUCUUUUGAUAUCGACAUUCUAAUAGGAGCCGAAAUAUUUUGGGAUCUUCUCUUUGUAGGACAGAUACAAUCAUCGGACAGGCAUCCUAAAUUACAAAAAACGAGGUUUGGAUGGAUCCUAGCAGGACGAAUGUUUGAUUCAAAAUCAAUUCACGCAAAGGUACAUUCUCUACACGCAUCUAUAACUAACGAGCAGUUACAUGAUCAAUUAAGUCGGUUCUGGCAAUUAGACGACGCGAAAAAUGACUCCAAUAAUUUGACUCCUGAGGAAAGUUAUUGUGAGCAGCAUUUUAUCAGCAAUAUUCAUAAAAAUCCACAAGGCAGAUACGUGGUCAAACUUCCUAUUAGAGAUCAAUUAAUCGACAAGUUAGGAGACUCUCGAAGCAUUGCCAUGUCUCGUUUGAAGGGCAUCGAAAAACGUUUUAAACGACAGCCCGAUCUAGAAGAGCAAUACAAACAAUUAUCAAUGAGUACAUAUCGUUAG